AUGUACAUGGCAGGCUUUUCAACUAACCCCGCAUCCUUCGUAGCGGCUCAGAACCGCUCCCCAUCCCCAGUACGGUCCCCAGUCUCGUCCCAUGGUUUCAGCGCGUCACCAUCAACAAGUGCGUCACCAUCUACAAAAGGGCUGGACACUUCUCCCAACCGAGGAGGCCGGUUGCCUGGAAGCCCCCGCCCUUGUGCCCAUAGCCCCCCUCCUGGCACCUUUGGUGGGGAAUUGAAUGUCGAAACCAUGCGACAAGCCCUCCGACGGACUGGUUCCGGCGAUAUCGGUGGAGUUCGCAGUCAACCAAUGAGCGCUGUUGGAAAUGAUGAUGGCACAUUCGAGCGCCCCUUCAAAUAG